AGAUUAGUUUUAAAUUUUUCACUACACAAUGUGUAAAGAAGUAAUUUUGUGUAUGGUCAUUUUAAUGACUUGUUGUGCAAAUCAAUUGGUGAUGGGGGCUGAGAAUGAAGUUGCAAAACUAUUUUGUAAUGCUGAGAAAGUAGAUACCGAUAAAGUGACUAAAAUUGUUGAAUGUCUUAACAAUAUGAAAAAUAAACGGUCGGCUGACAUGAAAGCUCUCGGAGAAAAGGUGGAGAAGACCUUUCAAAAAGAGUGUAUAGGAAAGGCGGGUGAUAUGAAUCACAAGGAAUGGGAGAAAUUAGAAAAAUGCGCUUUGGAUGUACUCAAAAAA